AUGGUGGUCGCAACCGACCCUCAUUCUUCAAACCCGGUGGAGGCUUUUGCCAACCUGGGCAAGAGUAAGAGCACCAAGACCAUAUUGAAAGUCGUCAUUCUCUGCUUCAUCGCAGGCGCGGCAGUAGCUAGUCGUCUUUUCUCCGUCAUUCGUUUCGAGUCCAUCAUCCACGAAUUUGACCCAUGGUUCAACUUCAGGGCAACCAAAUACUUGGUAGCAAAUGGCUUCUACGAUUUCUGGGACUGGUUUGACGACCGAACAUGGCAUCCAUUGGGACGAGUGACUGGAGGUACCCUGUACCCGGGCCUGAUGGUUACCAGCGGUGUCAUCUAUCAUCUUCUCCGUGCCCUGACUGUGCCGGUCGACAUCAGGAACAUUUGUGUCCUUCUCGCACCAGCCUGCUCCGGCUUGACGGCGUUUGCAGCUUACCUCCUGACAAAUGAGAUGACCACAUCCUCCUCGGCUGGAUUGCUGGCUGCCGUCUUCAUGGGAAUCACGCCCGGCUACAUUUCGAGAUCCGUUGCUGGUUCGUACGAUAACGAAGCCAUCGCCAUCUUCCUCCUCGUCUUCACCUUUUACCUGUGGAUCAAGGCGCUGAAGCUCGGAUCCGUCCUCUGGGGUGCCCUCUGUGCCCUUUUCUACGGUUACAUGGUGUCCUCGUGGGGUGGAUAUGCCUUCAUUACGAACCUGCUGCCUCUCCAUGCUUUGGUUCUCAUCUGUAUGGGCAGGUACAGCACCAGGCUCUAUGUUUCAUAUACCACUUGGUACGCGCUGGGCACGAUUGCCAGCAUGCAGAUUCCUUUUGUGGGUUUCUUGCCUGUUCGCACCAGUGAGCACAUGCCAGCUUUGGGCGUCUUUGGAUUCCUCCAGUUGGUGGCGUUCAUCGUCUAUAUCCGUGCGGCGCUACCCAGUCAGCAGCAGUUUAAGAACUUUCUGAUCAUCGUUGCGGGCGGCGUGUUCGGUAUCUCACUCGUCACCCUGGUUGGUUUGACAUCAGCAGGAUACAUUGCACCCUGGUCCGGCCGAUUCUACUCUCUGUGGGAUACCGGCUAUGCCAAGAUCCACAUUCCCAUCAUUGCCUCGGUGUCUGAGCAUCAGCCCACGGCCUGGCCUGCCUUUUUCUUCGACCUGAACAUGUUGAUCUGGCUCUUCCCAGCUGGCGUCUACCUGUGCUUCCAAAAGCUGGAGGAUGAACAUGUCUUCAUUGUGGUCUACUCUGUCUUUGGCACCUAUUUCGCUGGUGUCAUGGUACGACUGAUGCUGACGCUGACCCCUGUGGUCUGUGUCGCUGCUGCCAUGUCCGCAUCCCAGCUUUUGAACACGUAUCUCCAUGUCAAGUCUCCAAAACCCGAAACAGCUGAGGCAGAGGAGAGCACAGACAAGAAGGCUUCCAAGCAUGCGGGGUCGCUGCGCAGUACCAGAAAGCCUCUGGUCGGUAUCUACAGCUUUAUGUCCAAGGUUUCCGUUUCAGCAGCCAUGACCGGCUACCUCCUGCUCUUUGUUCUUCACUGCACGUGGGUCACUUCCAACGCAUACUCGUCCCCAUCCGUGGUGCUGGCAAGCAGAAUGCCGGAUGGCAGCCAGCAUAUCAUCGAUGAUUACCGUGAGGCUUACCAAUGGCUUCGACAAAACACCAAGGAGGAUGCCAAGAUCAUGUCAUGGUGGGAUUACGGCUACCAGAUUGGCGGUAUGGCUGAUCGACCUACCCUGGUUGACAACAACACGUGGAACAACACCCACAUCGCGACCGUUGGCAAGGCGAUGAGCUCUCGUGAAGAGGUCAGCUACCCAAUCAUGCGCCAGCAUGAGGUCGAUUACGUCUUGGUUGUCUUCGGAGGUCUUCUCGGAUACUCUGGAGACGAUAUCAACAAGUUUCUGUGGAUGGUCAGAAUCGCCGAAGGUAUCUGGCCCGAUGAGGUCAAGGAACGCGACUUCUUCACCCCUCGUGGCGAGUACCGCAUCGACGGCGAAGCUACUGAGACCAUGAAGAACAGCUUGAUGUACAAGAUGUCGUACUACAACUACCAGUCUCUCUUCCCACCCGGCCAGGCUCAGGAUCGCGUCCGAGGUGCGCGUCUCCCUGAUGUCGGCCCGACUCUCAACACGCUGGACGAGGCCUUUACCAGUGAAAACUGGAUCAUCCGCAUCUACAAGGUCAAGGAUCUCGACAAUAUUGGUCGAGACCAUGCCGCAGCAGCAUCAUUUGACAGAGGCCAUAAAAAGAAGAAGGCCAUCAAGAAGCGAGGUGCGAGAACCCUGAGAGUAGACUAG